UUCCUGUAAACAUAAGUGAAGUUGGAGUAUUUGAUAUUGUUUCAAGUAAAUUAUGUGAUCCGAGUGUAAAACAAUAUUCAGGAUAUUUAGACAUUUCGUCAGAUGAACACAUAUUCUUUUGGUUUUUUGAAUCUCGGAACAAGAAAAACCCACUCCCUUCAGAAUCUAUUCCUUUGACUAUUUGGCUCAAUGGAGGUCCAGGAUGCUCAUCAAUGAUUGGACUUUUUCAAGAACUGGGACCAUGUAAUACUAUUAACAAAGGAGCAUCAACACAGUGGAAUCCAAAUAGUUGGAAUGAAGUCUCUCAUAUGUUAUUUAUUGAUCAGCCUGUUGGAGUUGGAUUUUCUGAUGGCGAUAGCUCAAAAGUUAGCACAUCCCAACAAGCGGCCGAUAAAUUAUAUGUGUUUUUGCAAAAUUUCUUUAAAAAAUUCCCAGAAUAUGCGAAACUUGAUUUACAUUUCUUUGGCGAAUCCUUUGGUGGUCAUUAUGUUCCAACAUCAGCAAGAGUUAUAUACGAUAAUAAUCAACAAAUAAUUGCUGGUAGAGGCAACGGUACAAUUAUAAAUUUAAAGACAAUCGGAAUCGGAAACGGAUGGAUUAAUCCACUAAUUCAAUAUGCCACUUAUGCAAGUUUUGCUUGUGAUAAUGUGACAGCAUGCUAUAAAUCACAAAAAAAUUGUGCUGCUGUUGACCAUCGAUGGUGCGAUCCUAUCAUUAGAUUAUACAUAUAUGGUACUGACCUAAGCAUUUACGAUAUCAAAGAAUAUAGCGAUCCACCAACUGACUAUGUGAACUAUUUGAACCAGCCUGAUAUCAUCAAGCAAAUUGGUGCGAAAGAAAAAUUCGAUGUUUGUUCAGACCCGAUUUAUUUUGCUUUUCAGGAUAGUGGAGAUGUGAUAUCAAAUACCGCUAAUCAUAUAGAAUAUCUUUUGGAUAAAAAUAUUCCUAUUUUGUUAUAUCACGGCGACUUAGAUUUUAUUUGCAAUUGGUAUGGAGGUCAUGAUGUGGCGUUAAAUUUAAACUGGAGUCAUGCAGAUCAAUUCAGAAAAGCACCAACUCAUGAAUGGUCCGUGAGUGGUAAAAAAGCUGGAACUUACCAAGAAGCAAGUAACUUACGAUUUGUUCGUGUUUACAAUGCUGGUCAUGAAGUACCGUAUUACCAGCCCGAAAAUUCAUUAUCUUCGAAUGGGAAAAGGAUUGCGGACAUCUUUAAAAAGAAAGUUCAAGGUCUCCAAGAACUAAAAGAACAAAAUAAAAAAGUUGGGCAAAUUGCGUACCUCGAACGUGGCGGUCGAUAUAUAUUUUACGUUAUUACCAAGGAAAAAUAUUUUCAAAAACCAUCCAAGGCGAAUUUCGAGCGUGUAUUGAAUGAACUGAGAGUUAUGUGUGAGGAGAUGAACAUCAGGAAUUUGAGUAUGCCUAGAAUUGGAACGGGUUUAGAUAAGUUACCGCUUGAAUAUGUGCAUGAUGUUAUUAAUGCGACUUUUCAGGGAACUAAUAUGAGAAUCCUAAUGUGA